CAGAAGUAAUUCGCCGAAACCGGAAGUAAUUCAAAUUGUCGGCGUGUGAUUACCUCCCUCCUCGCACUUCUUUAAGAUCGCACUUUUACACACAGAUAAACUAAUUUCCUCUUUAAAAUACAUUCGUUUUGUUAGCUAAAUUACCGCGGAGAUGUGCACCCAAACGAAAGCGGCCUCCCGCAUGGUGAACAUCCCGCAGGCAGACAUCGAUCCCUCCGGCGUGUUCAAGUAUGUUCUCAUCAGGGUCCACAGCAAGGAGCAGGAGGACGAUACGGAGGUCGACAUAGUCCGCGGUUACGGCUGGGCCGAGUUCCACGCGGAUAUCUAUGAUAAGGUUUCAGAGGAGCUUGAAAAGGACGGACUCCUGGACUGUGAGUGUGUAGGAGGGGGCAGGAUCAGACAUGACGCCCAGGCCAAGAAGAUCCACGUUUACGGCUACUCUAUAGGAUUUGGAAGAGCAAACCACGCCGUGACCACUGAGAAACUAAAAAAUCAGUAUCCAGACUAUGAGGUGACCUGGGAUAAUGAAGGGUACUGAAAUAAAAACAUACUUGACACUU